CCGGCCCUGGCCCCGCGCUGUGCCGGCGCGCGCUGCACAUUCUCUCCUGGCGGCGGCGCCACCUGCGGGAGCGUUAGCCCGAACAUGGCGACACGGAGCAGCAGGAGGGAGUCGCGACUCCCUUUCCUAUUCGCCUUGGUCGCGCUGCUGCCCCCCGGGGCUCUCGGCGGGGGCUGGAAUCAGAGAUUGCACGGUAGCUUCGCACUCUUACCCCAGGACCAGGGCUUCUUCGUGGUGCAAGGCGACCCGCACGACCUGAGCCUGGGGGCGCACGGGGAUGCCCGGGGGGCGAGCCCGGCGGUCAGGAAGCUACUCAGGACGCGGCGGAGCGCUGCUCUGCAGCCCCAGCCUAUCCAGGUGUAUGGACAGGUCAGUCUGAAUGACUCCCACAAUCAGAUGGUGGUGCACUGGGCUGGAGAGAAAAGCAACGUGAUUGUGGCAUUAGCCAGAGACAGCCUGGCGUUGGCAAGGCCCAAGAGCAGUGAUGUUUAUGUGUCUUAUGACUAUGGAAAAUCAUUCAAUAAGAUUUCGGAGAAGCUGAACUUUGGCGUGGGAAACAGCAGCGAGGCCGUGAUCUCCCAGUUCUAUCAUAGCCCGGCAGACAACAAGAGGUACAUCUUUGUAGAUGCUUAUGCACAAUACCUCUGGAUCACGUUUGACUUCUGCAGCACUAUCCAUGGCUUCUCCAUCCCAUUCCGGGCAGCUGACCUCCUCCUCCAUAGCAAGGCCUCUAACCUCCUCUUGGGCUUUGACAGGUCUCACCCCAACAAGCAGCUAUGGAAGUCAGAUGACUUUGGCCAGACCUGGAUCAUGAUUCAGGAACACGUGAAGUCCUUCUCUUGGGGAAUCGACCCCUAUGACCAGCCAAACACUAUCUACAUUGAGCGGCACGAACCCUUUGGGUUCUCCACGGUGUUCCGCAGUACAGACUUCUUCCAGUCCCGGGAAAACCAGGAAGUGGUUCUGGAGGAAGUGAGGGACUUUCAGCUUCGUGACAAGUACAUGUUCGCAACGAAGGUGGUGCAUCUUCCGGGCAGCCAGCAGCAGUCAUCUGUCCAGCUCUGGGUCUCCUUUGGCCGGAAGCCUAUGAGAGCAGCCCAGUUUGUCACAAAGCAUCCUAUUAAUGAAUAUUACAUCGCUGAUGCCUCUGAGGACCAGGUGUUCGUAUGUGUGAGCCACAGCAACAACAGUACCAACCUGUACAUCUCGGAGGCGGAGGGGCUGAGAUUCUCCCUGUCCUUGGAGAAUGUGCUGUACUAUAGCCCAGGAGGGGCUGGCAGUGACACCCUGGUGAGGUAUUUUGCAAAUGAGCCGUUUGCUGACUUUCACCGCGUGGAGGGCUUGCAGGGAGUCUACAUCGCCACCCUGAUUAAUGGUUCUAUGAAUGAAGAGAACAUGAGGUCGGUCAUCACCUUUGACAAAGGGGGAACCUGGGAAUUUCUUCAGGCCCCGGCCUUCACAGGAUACGGAGAGAAAAUCGAUUGUGAGCUUUCCCGGGGCUGUUCCCUCCACUUGGCCCAGCGCCUCAGUCAACUCCUCAACCUUCAACUUCGGAGGAUGCCUAUCCUAUCCAAGGAGUCAGCCCCUGGUCUCAUCAUUGCCACUGGCUCAGUGGGAAAGAAUUUGGCCAGCAAAACCAACGUGUACAUCUCAAGCAGUGCUGGAGCCAGGUGGAGAGAGGCCCUUCCUGGACCUCACUACUACACUUGGGGGGACCAUGGAGGCAUCAUCAUGGCUAUUGCCCAAGGCAUGGAGACCAACGAACUGAAGUACAGCACCAAUGAAGGGGAGACCUGGAAGACGUUUGUCUUCUCUGAGAAGCCUGUGUUUGUGUAUGGGCUCCUCACAGAGCCUGGCGAGAAGAGCACCGUCUUUACCAUCUUCGGCUCUAAUAAGGAGAACGUCCACAGCUGGCUCAUCCUGCAGGUCAAUGCCACAGAUGCCUUGGGGGUUCCCUGCACAGAAAACGACUACAAGCUGUGGUCCCCAUCUGAUGAGCGGGGAAACGAGUGUUUGCUGGGACACAAGACAGUUUUCAAAAGGAGGACCCCUCACGCCACGUGUUUUAAUGGGGAAGACUUCGACCGGCCGGUGGUCGUGUCCAACUGCUCCUGCACCCGGGAGGACUAUGAAUGUGACUUUGGCUUCAAGAUGAGCGAAGAUCUCUCCUUAGAGGUUUGUGUUCCAGACCCUGAGUUUUCUGGGAAGCCCUACAGCCCUCCUGUGCCUUGUCCUGUGGGUUCUACAUACAGGAGAACGAGGGGCUAUCGGAAGAUUUCUGGGGACACUUGCAGUGGCGGAGACGUUGAAGCACGGCUGGAAGGGGAGCUGGUCCCCUGUCCUCUGGCAGAAGAGAACGAGUUCAUCCUAUACGCUGUGCGGAAGUCCAUCUACCGCUAUGAUUUGGCCUCGGGAGCCACGGAGCAGCUGCCUCUCUCGGGGUUGCGGGCGGCUGUGGCCCUGGACUUUGACUAUGAACGCAACUGCCUCUAUUGGUCUGACCUGGCACUGGACACUAUUCAGCGUCUCUGCUUGAAUGGGAGCACGGGGCAAGAGGUGAUCAUCAACUCCGGCCUGGAGACCGUGGAGGCUUUGGCCUUUGAACCCCUCAGCCAGUUACUUUACUGGGUGGAUGCCGGCUUUAAGAAGAUCGAGGUAGCUAAUCCAGAUGGUGACUUCCGGCUGACAAUUGUCAAUUCCUCUGUGCUUGAUCGGCCCAGGGCUCUAGUCCUUGUACCCCAAGAUGGGGUGAUGUUCUGGACUGACUGGGGAGACCUGAAGCCUGGGAUUUACCGGAGCAAUAUGGAUGGCUCUGCUGCCUCCCGUCUUGUGUCAGAGGAUGUGAAGUGGCCCAACGGCAUCUCCGUGGACAGCCAGUGGAUCUACUGGACGGAUGCGUACCUAGACUGCAUCGAACGCAUCACUUUCAGCGGCCAGCAGCGUUCAGUCAUCCUGGACAACCUCCCACACCCUUAUGCCAUUGCUGUCUUUAAGAAUGAAAUCUACUGGGACGACUGGUCACAGCUUAGCAUCUUCAGAGCCUCGAAAUACAGCAGAUCGCCGACGGAGAUUCUAGCAAGCCAGCUCACAGGCCUGAUGGACAUGAAGAUUUUCUACAAAGGAAAGAACGCUGGAAGCAAUGCCUGUGUCCCUCAGCCCUGCAGCCUGCUAUGCCUCCCUAAGGCCAACAACAGCAGAAGCUGCAGGUGUCCGGAAGGUGUGACCAGUAGUGUCCUCCCCUCUGGGGACUUGAUGUGUGACUGCCCGCAGGGCUAUCAGAGAAAGAACAACACAUGCAUCAAAGAAGAGAACACCUGUCUUCGAAACCAGUAUCGCUGCAGCAACGGCAACUGUAUCAACAGCAUUUGGUGGUGUGAUUUCGACAAUGACUGUGGAGACAUGAGUGACGAGAGAAACUGCCCCACCACGGUCUGUGAUGCAGACACUCAGUUCCGGUGCCAGGAGUCGGGGACAUGCAUUCCGCUCUCCUAUAAGUGUGACCUUGAAGAUGACUGUGGGGACAACAGUGAUGAGAGUCACUGUGAGAUGCAUCAGUGUCGCAGUGAUGAGUUCAACUGCAGCUCUGGGAUGUGCAUCCGGUCCUCCUGGGUGUGCGACGGAGACAACGACUGCAGGGACUGGUCUGAUGAAGCCAACUGCACUGCCAUCUACCACACCUGUGAGGCCUCUAAUUUCCAGUGCCAUAACGGCCACUGCAUCCCCCAGCGAUGGGCGUGUGACGGUGACGCAGAUUGCCAGGACGGUUCUGAUGAAGAUCCCGUCAGCUGUGAGAAGAAGUGCAACGGGUUCCAUUGCCCGAACGGCACUUGCAUCCCAUCCAGCAAGCACUGUGACGGUCUGCGCGAUUGCCCCGAUGGCUCUGACGAGCAGCACUGUGAGCCCUUCUGCACGCGCUUCAUGGACUUUGUGUGUAAGAACCGCCAGCAGUGCCUGUUCCACUCCAUGGUGUGCGACGGGAUUGUCCAGUGCCGAGACGGCUCUGACGAGGAUGCGGCCUUCGCUGGAUGCUCUCAAGACCCCGAGUUCCACAAGGAGUGUGACGAGUUUGGCUUCCAGUGUCAGAACGGAGUGUGCAUCAGCUUAAUUUGGAAAUGCGACGGGAUGGAUGAUUGUGGCGAUUACUCUGAUGAGGCCAACUGUGAAAACCCCACGGAAGCCCCGAACUGCUCCCGUUACUUUCAGUUCCACUGUGAGAACGGCCACUGCAUCCCUAACCGGUGGAAAUGUGACAGAGAGAACGACUGUGGCGACUGGUCUGAUGAAAAGGAUUGUGGAGAUUCACGUGUUCUUCCCUCUCCCACCCCUGGGCCCUCCACGUGUCUGCCCAAUUACUUCCGCUGCAGCAGUGGGGCCUGUGUGAUGGACACCUGGGUGUGUGACGGCUACAGGGACUGUGCUGAUGGCUCAGAUGAGGAAGCUUGCCCCUCUCUAGCAAACACCACUGCUGCCUCCACUCCCACCCAGCUUGGGCGGUGUGACCGGUUUGAGUUCGAGUGCCACCAACCAAAGAAAUGUAUCCCCAACUGGAAGCGCUGUGAUGGCCACCAAGAUUGCCAGGAUGGCCAGGAUGAAGCCAACUGCCCCACCCACAGCACCUUGACGUGUAUGAGCAGAGAGUUCAAGUGCGAGGACGGCGAGGCCUGCAUUGUGCUCUCAGAGCGCUGCGAUGGCUUCCUGGACUGCUCAGAUGAGAGUGAUGAGAAGGCCUGCAGUGAUGAGUUAACAGUAUACAAAGUCCAGAAUCUUCAGUGGACAGCUGAUUUCUCUGGGGAUGUGACCUUGACCUGGAUGAGACCUAAAAAAAUGCCCUCCUCUUCUUGUGUAUACAAUGUCUACUACAGGGUGGUUGGAGAGAGCAUAUGGAAGACCCUGGAAACCCACAGCAAUAAGACAAGCACUGUGCUAAAAGUCCUGAAGCCAGAUACCACAUACCAGGUUAAGGUCCAGGUUCACUGUCUCAGCAAGGUGCACAACACCAAUGACUUCGUGACCCUGCGGACUCCAGAGGGGUUGCCAGAUCCCCCUCGGAGCCUGCAGCUCUCACUGAACAGUGAAGAGGAAGGUGUGAUCAUUGGGCACUGGGCUCCUCCCAUCCACACCCAUGGCCUCAUCCGUGAGUACAUUGUGGAGUACAGCAGGAGUGGAUCCAAGAUGUGGGCCUCCCAGAGAGCUGCUAGCAACGUCACAGAGAUAAAGAACUUGCUUCUCAGCACCCUCUACACCAUCAGAGUGGCUGCGGUGACUAGUCGCGGAAUAGGAAACUGGAGCGAUUCUAAAUCCAUCACCACCAUAAAAGGAAAAGCGAUCCAAGCACCGAGUAUCCACAUCGACAGCUAUGAUGAAAGUUCUUUGAGCUUUACCCUGACCAUGGACGGUGGUAUCAAGGUCAAUGGCUAUGUGGUGAACCUUUUCUGGUCAUUUGAUGCCCACAAGCAAGAAAAGAAAACCUUGAACUUCCGAGGAAGUUCUCUGUCAUACAAAGUGAGCAACCUGACAGCUCACACGUCCUAUGAGAUUUCUGCCUGGGCCAAGACAGACUUGGGGGAUAGUCCUCUGGCCUUUGAGCACAUCUUGACCAGAGGCGUCAGACCACCUGCUCCAAGUCUCAAAGCCAAGGCCAUCAAUCAGACUGCCGUGGAGUGCAUCUGGACUGGCCCCAAGAAUGUGGUUUAUGGCAUUUUCUACGCCACAUCCUUCCUUGACCUCUACCAAAACCCUAGGAGUCUAACCACUUCGCUCCACAACAAGACAGUCAUUGUCAGCAAGGAUGAGCAGUAUUUGUUUCUGGUCCGGGUGUUGAUCCCUUACCAAGGGCCGUCUUCUGACUACGUUGUAGUGAAGAUGAUCCCAGACAGCAGGCUCCCACCUCGUCACCUGCAUGCAGUCCAGAUAGGCAAAACCUCAGCAGUCAUCAAGUGGGAAUCGCCCUAUGACUCUCCUGACCAGGAUUUGUUCUACGCAAUUGCAGUGAAAGAUCUGAUAAGAAAGACGGACAGGAGCUACAAAGUCAGGUCCCGCAAUAGUACUGUGGAAUACAGCCUUAACAAGCUGGAACCUGGAGGCAAAUACCAUAUCCUUGUCCAGCUGGGGAACAUGAGCAAGGAUUCCAGCAUAAAACUCACCACAGUUUCAUUAUCAGCACCCGAUGCCUUAAAAAUCAUAACAGAAAAUGACCAUGUUCUUCUCUUCUGGAAGAGCCUAGCUCUGAAGGAAAAACAGUUCAAUGAAAGCAGGGGCUACGAGAUACACAUGUUUGACAGUGCUAUGAAUCUCACCGCUUACCUUGGGAAUACUACUGACAAUUUCUUUAAAGUGUCCAACCUGAAGAUGGGUCAUAAUUACACUUUCACGGUCCAAGCUCGAUGUCUGUUUGGCAGCCAGAUCUGUGGGGAGCCUGCCGUGCUGCUGUUCGACGAACUGAGCUCCGGUGGAGAUACAGCAGCGGUCCAGGCUGCCAGGUCGACUGAUGUUGCGGCUGUGGUGGUUCCUAUCUUGUUCCUGAUCCUGCUGAGCCUGGGUGUUGGCUUUGCUGUCCUCUACACAAAGCACCGCCGCCUACAGAGCAGCUUCACUGCUUUCGCCAACAGCCACUACAGCUCCAGGCUGGGCUCCGCCAUCUUCUCCUCUGGGGAUGACCUGGGAGAAGACGAUGAAGACGCUCCUAUGAUAACUGGAUUCUCAGACGAUGUCCCCAUGGUGAUAGCAUGAAGGAGCUUUUCUCAUUAGAAACCAAAUGGUGUAAAUAUUUUAUUUGAUAAAGAUAGUUGAUGGUUUAUUUUAAAAGAUGCACUUUGAGUUGCAAUAUGUUAUUUUUAUAUGGGCCAAAAACCACAACAACAACAACAAAAAAAAAAAAAAAAAAAAAAAAAAAAAAAGGAAAGAAAGGAAUGAAUAAACUUUGUAGUAUCAACUGUGAACUUGAAACCAGGUUGAUUUUAGUGACCACAUUGCUUUGAUUUGACAGUGAUGUCGUCUUACAGGGCUGUGCUUGCUGGGCAUGCUUUUAAGUCUGUGAGAUCAUGUUGGUUCAUUCAGUUGACCAUUCUUUUUAUUUUUCUAAGACACAGAAAUGUAUUUAAUAAAAACUCAAGAGAGAGUGGUGGGUGGACUACAUUCUCCUUGAAAACUGCUCAGAUUUUACAUCUUGCUUGGAUUUAGUUUACAUAAGCGUGUGGGUAUCUUGUGGGGAAGGUCUUGUUCUAUUGCUUUUGUUAAUUUAUUGGGACUUUGUAUAAGGCCAUAUUUUAAUGGCUGUCUGAAACUCCGUGUGUUAAGGGCCCCUUGCCCAUCAGGGAGGGCCAGAGUGGGGAGCAGGAGCAAUCUGUUCUUAUUUGCUCAUGUUUCAGGGACAGAUCUUUGGCAGAAGAGAAUUCUGAGUCAGUGCUAGAGUCCACUUCAACUGCACUGCAGCCUGGGAAGGCCUGCAUGCAGCCCCCUGUUUUGUAGGAAACCAUGGGCCUUUACUGUGCAUGUCUCUGUACAAAGUGUACCUCUGGAAGCUGCCAAGUGAUAACACUCCUUUCUUAUACACUGGGAUCAUUGUCACUUGAAAAAAAAUUACUGUAGUUGUGGGAGAAAGUUCUAGAUCUGUGCCAUGGUAGAUAUGCAUUGCAAAUAUAGAAUGCCAUGCCUCCAUUUUAAAUUUGAGUUUUCCUUUUGUUUUUACUCACCACCAAAGACUCUCAAAUGUAAAAUUUUUAUAUUGGGUUUGAACCACUGGAUUGUCUUCAAAAGUCCAUACUGAUAUAUGCAGUCAUUUUGAAUUUGGUCAGUGCCUUCUCUGGAUCCCUCCCCUUUCUUUCCACCUCCCUAGCCUGUGCCCCCACCCACCUAUCCAUAGAGAGUGCUGUAGGCAUUGUCAAGGA